AUGCCACGGUCAUUGACCUUGAUGGUGGGCAGCCUUAUAAUCCACAGAGCUCCAUUAUGUACUUCAUCGUUCCACACGAUACACUCUACAAUGGCGUUCACGACGAUGGCACCAACGUCUCGCAUCCUCUUCCUCGUUUCUCUGACCCUCGCCCUGGCAACCGCGCCGGCCGCCGCGCGGAGCAAGCAGAUCCACCUGCACUUCUACAUGCACGACAUCACCGGCGGGCCGGGCCAGACGGCGAUGCAGCUCGUGAAGGGUCCCGGCCCGGCGCACCCGUCCCCGUACAUGCCGGGCGCGUACUUCGGGGACACGACGGUGAUGGACGACGCGCUGACGGAGGGCCCCGACGCGGCGUCGAGGGCCGUCGGGCGCGCCCAGGGCUCGUACAUGCUGGCGUGCCUCAAGGAGCCCGCGCUGAUGGUGUCCAUGACCGUGGCGCUCACGGGCGGCGCCUACAACGGCAGCACCAUCGCCGUGGUGGGCCGGGACGACGUCUCCGCGGCGGUCAGGGAGCUCGCCGUCACCGGCGGCACGGGCGCGUUCCGGAAGGCCACGGGGCACGUCCUGUGGCGGACGGCCAAGGUGGAGUCGCGGGACCACAUUGUGCUGGAGCUCGACGUCUACGCGACCGUGCCGGGCGCCGCUGCUGCGAGCGACGGGCAGCGUCAGGCCGGCGUCAUGAACACUACGGAGUGA